GUAAAACGGGGUUUGACCAUCUAGGCGGACAAGCAACAUCUGAUGUAGUAUAGCGGUCGUGCAAUCUACUGGAAAUAUACCUUCUCUCUGACACAUGAUCCAGCUCAACCAUCCCUAAAUACAUGUUAUAUGGGGCAAACAUGGAUGAGAAGCUAAAGAAAGCUCUAGAGACACCAGCAUUUAGAGCGCUUCUUGUCGGUGACUUCUCCAAGCAUCUGCGUAUACCGUCUGCGUUUAUCAAGAACUUCGGAGGACGAUCGCUUCGGAAAUGUACUCUCAGAAACCCUAGUGGGGACUGCUGGGGUGUGAAACUUAAACAGAAAGAGGAUGGCUUGUUCUUCCGAAAAGGUUGGAAGGUUUUUGUGAAGGAUCAUUUUCUAGAACAUGGAGACUUUCUGGUCUUCGAAUACGGUGGCGGAUCAGAGUUUGACGUCACCAUCUUUGAUCGAACUUGUUGCGAGAAGAAUGUCGAAGAAGCUGCCAAGAGGGCAAGUAGUAAUCUUGCCGACAGCAGAACUGUCGAUGAUGUCGUGCGGAUAGAGAGACCUGCAAGUGUUCAUUUAGCGGAAACAUCAACUCGAUCCGUCUUGUUUAAAUCGGAGAAUACAUGGUUUACGAAAACUUUGAAGAAAUUUAAUCGAAAUAUUUUGACAAUUCCGAAGCACGUAGCCCUAGCUGAAGGACUAGUAAGCGACGCAGGGCUUCCGAGUAGAGAGACUGUAACGCUUCAAGAUCCGACCCGGAGAUCAUGGCUUGCUCAACUUCAUGUCAGGGCAGAUCACCGCGUGCAGAUGGCACGGGGAUGGGCAGCUUGUGUUAGGGCAAACGAGAUUUCUCCUGGGGACGACAUCGUUUUGGAGUUUGUGAAGCGAGGUGUACUGCAACUUCAUAUUUUCAGAGGCAAUGUGCUACUUACAUCCCCAGAUGUCUCUGGUUAAAGCCAAUGAACUGCAAUUUUUCACAUUGCGUUACUUCUUAAUGCAGUGGUGGCAAAAUCUGCUUGCCUGUUUAGGGUUUAAGGUCGCAGUUGGAUUUGUUAUCCUUCUCCGAAAAGAAGCAUUUUGUAGCCGAAUCCGACUGUGAUGAAAUAACUUAACGAUCAAGCUUGUUGA